CUGGACGCAAAGCCGGAGCCGGGCGGCGCUUGCAGGAGGAGGCGAUGGCGGCCGCUGCGGGGGGAGCCUACGGGAGCCUGAAGCUGCACAUAACGCCAGAGAAGUUUUAUGUGGAAGCUUGUGAUGAUGGAGCCAAUGAUGUACUGGCCAUUGACAGAGUCUCCACAGAGGUCACUCUUACAGUUAAGAAAGAUAUUCCGCCUUCAGCUGUUACCAGGCAAAUAUAUGGUAUUUUGGGAACAAUCCGUCUAGUGGCAGGCACGUACCUUAUUGUAAUAACAAAAAAGAAAAAAGUUGGAGAAUUCUUCAACCAUGCAGUCUGGAAAGCAACAGACUUUGACAUCCUCUCUUACAAAAAGACAAUGUUACAUUUAACUGAUAUUCAGUUGCAGGACAAUAAGGCCUUUUUAGCAAUGAUUAGCCAUGUGUUAAGUGUGGAUGGAUUUUAUUUCUCUACAACGUAUGACUUAACGCACUCCUUGCAACGGUUGGCUAAUACGAGUCCCGAUUUUCAAGAAAUGAGUUUGCUGGAGAGGGCGGAUCCACGGUUUGUAUGGAAUGGACAUCUUCUUAGAGAAUUUGCUGCUCAGCCUGAGAUUCAUAGGUUUGCUACACCAGUUAUGCAUGGAUUUAUUACGAUGUUCUCUUGCUCCAUUAAUGGAAAAUAUUUUGACUGGAUUCUUAUUUCCCGAAGAAGUUGUUUCAGAGCUGGUGUGCGCUAUUAUGUUAGAGGUAUCGAUUCAGAAGGACAUGCAGCUAACUUUGUAGAAACGGAACAAAUUGUGCAUUACAAUGGGAGUAAAGCUUCUUUUGUUCAGACACGUGGAUCAAUUCCUUUUUUCUGGUCACAGAGACCAAACCUCCGAUAUAAACCAACACCACAAAUCAGCAAAUCAGUAAAUCAUAUGGAUGGCUUCCAAAGACACUUUGACUCUCAGAUCAUUAGCUAUGGGAAGCAAGUGAUCGUUAACCUGGUUAACCAGAAAGGCUCAGAAAAGCCUCUUGAACAAACGUUCUCACAAAUGGUGAACAGCUUGGCAAACGGAAUGGUCAGAUACGUAGCAUUUGAUUUCCAUAAAGAAUGCAGUCACAUGAGGUGGGAUCGGCUCCAGAUUUUAUUGGAUCGACUAACCGAACAACAAGAUGAAUUUGGCUACUUUCUAGUUGACUCUGAUGGCAAGGUGGUCAUACAGCAAGAAGGAAUCUUCCGCAGCAAUUGUAUGGACUGCCUGGAUCGGACGAAUGUGAUUCAGAGCCUUCUGGCCCGCCGUUCUCUCCAAGCACAGCUGCAGAGAUUAGGUGUGUUGCACGUUGGCCAGAGAAUUGAAGAGCAAGCAGAAUUUGAAAAAGUUUAUAAAAAUGCAUGGGCUGACAAUGCAAACGCUUGUGCCAAACAGUAUGCUGGAACGGGUGCCUUAAAGACAGAUUACACAAGAACUGGGAAGAGAACUCAGUGGGGUCUAGUAAUGGACAGCUGGAAGUCACUCAUACGUUAUUACAAGAACAACUUUUCUGAUGGCUUUAGACAGGAUGCAAUAGAUCUGUUUCUUGGAAAUUAUUCUGUGGAUGAAGCAGAUUCUGUCAGUCCUUUCCGUUUGCAGAAAGACUGGAAAUUCUUGGCUCUGCCUAUUAUUAUGGUCGUUGCUUUCUCAAUGUGCAUUAUCUGUUUGCUCAUGGCUGGCGACACAUGGACGGAGACGCUGGCCUACGUGCUCUUCUGGGGAAGUGCAAGCUUUGGAACUCUCGCGAUCAUCCUUUACAAUGGCAAGGAUUUUGUCGAUGCGCCUAAGCUAGUCCAAAAGGAGAAGAUGGACUGAAUUUGUGUGUGUGGAAAGCGGCUUGGUAGGGAUGACUCCUCAAGCCACUCCUGGAGCCUCUACUGACCUGCUUUCCACACCAG